AAGCGUUGAGCGCUCAUUGAAAGCUGGCUAACUUGCUAGGCUCAGUUUGUUCAUCUGGGCUGUUUGGAUCGUGAAGGCAGUGUGCAGUUUGUUUCUUCGUAUCUAAUAUCGAGCGAACGGCAUAAUGAGCAAAUCUAGUUUUCAAUCGUUUGGCGGUGGCAGUACAGAUGGUCCCGAUAAGGUUGACAUGUCUUUAGAUGAUAUUAUUAGGCUAAAUAAGAAGCAGAAACAAAUCCAGUUCCAGAAGGCAAAGCACAGACUCCCUGUGAAAGGCCGCUUCACCCAGGGGAAGAAAACUGUGUCAAGACCUGGAGUGCCAUCUAAAAGAGUAGUUGGAGGUGUUGUGAACAAACGUUUUGGUCAAAACCGCAAGCUUCCGCCCACGGUGGCCAGGCGUCGUGGGCAGGGGGUCAUCACUGGUUUAGCAGCCAGAAAAAAUGCUGCUCUUUUUAAAGGGAUCAGUCCACUCAACCGACCUGCUCAGAACAGACCAGCUCAGAACCGGCCCAUGCCGAACCGGCCCAUGCCCAACAAUGGAGCUUUUAACCAGAGGUCUCAGCCAUUUGUCCAGCGGCGUGACACCCAGCGGCGACAGCUGCCGUUUCAGAGGAGACCAAACAGACAGAUGGACUCCCAGAAACCUCAGGGCCCAGUUCCUCACAGACCCUUUCAGCUUCGCAGAAAAUGGAAUGCUCCAUCUGCCCAGCAAACACAGAGAGAAGCUCGACAGGCCACCUUCCUCUUCAGAAGAGGACUUAAAGUUCAUGCACAAGUUCAGAAGACACAGUCUGCUCCACCCACACAGCGAACUCGCUCGUGGCGCACUCCUACAAACAACAGUGGCAUCCUCACAGUGUCGAUAGAAAACCCCACAGCUAGAACACAGCCUGAACCUGCUCAGUCCUGGUCGCUGCACCCCGUGACUUCAACAAGCUCGUCACCUCCACCUAAAGAAGAGCCAGAGAGGAAACCUCCCAAAGGUGUCGCCCUGCAGUUUGAUAUCAACAGUGUUGGAAAGCAGACCGCAAUGACCCUCAACGAGCGGUUUCGCAUUCUGAAGGACCAGCGUGUGGCGGCAGCAGAGCAGAGCAGCAAAGGGGGCCGAUUCGUCACUGUGGCCUAGAGCUGAACUCAGAGACACUGCUCACGUGUGUCUCUAUUCCUGAUCUCACUGAACAACAGUCCUUCAGGACAGAACAGGCAAACAAGGACCGGAGCUGAACUAACACUGUUCAUGAACUCGCAUUAAAUACCCCUGAUGGAAGAGACUUCGUCAGAAAGUGGAUACGCUGUUUUUUUU